AUGUCAUAUUUUUCAAAGAAAACUCGUUCCAAUGAAUUUCAAGAUCGAUCUGAAGCUGAACAUUCUGAAGUAAAUAAUGAAGAAAAUGUAAGUUCUACUAGUACUAAUUCAGGUGAUGAUGUUUUGAAGAAUCAUCUUCAGUAUUGUCCAAAAAAUGCUAGUUUUAUUAGUAAAACUACACAGAACGAUUUAAUCGAUUGUUGUGCUAGUGUAAUUCUUCAUAAAAUUGUAAAUGCCAUUAAAGAAUCAAAAUAUUUCUCAAUACUAGUUGAUGAAACUUUCAACAUAAGUACAAGUGAACAGUUAGUUUUGUGCAUUCGCUAUGUUUUUCAUGAUAAAGUGCAAGAAGAUUUCUUAAAAUUAGUUAUUGUUGAAAAUACAUCUGGUUUAAAUCUUUCCAAAAUAAUACUACACCAAUUAGAUGACUUAGAUCUUAAUAUAAAAUAUUUGCGUGGUCAAGGCUAUGACGGAGGUGCUAAUAUGUCCGGAAAAUAUCAAAGCAUUCAAGCUCAAAUACUAAAAAUUCAGCAUCUUGCAUUAUAUACACAUUGUGCUUCACAUUGUUUAAAUUUAACUUCACCAAAACGAAUGUUACUUUUAAAAACUACAUUAAUGAAAGUUUUACCAAAUUCUAAAUCAUUUAGACUUAAAUCUGUAUGUGAAACACGCUGGAUCGAACGACACGAUGCAAUUCUUCAAUUUCUUGAAUUAUACGAUGUUAUUAUAAAUUGCUUGGAUGAACUUGUAAAUUCUAAUGAGGAAAUUGCGCUCACUUCUAUUUUGGCAGAAUUAUUUUCAAUUACUUUGCCUCUUUCAAAGCAACUGCAAAAUCAAAAUGUAGAAUAUUUUCAAUCAUUGAAAAUGGUUAAAACUAUUAAAGACGAGUUCGAAAAUAAAAGAAAGAACGAUAUUCAAAGUUUUAACUUAAUUUAUACCAAAUCAUUAACAUCAGCCGAUAUACAUAAGAUAGAAGUUAAAAAACCUCGAACGUGUUCAAAACAAAUUAAUCGCGAAAAUAUAUUGGCCAACGAUCCAAAAGAAUAUUUUCGUUUGACCUUAUACCUACCAUUUUUGGGUUAUUUAAUAUCAGAUAUCAAAAAUAGAUUUGUAGGUCACGGACACGAAAUGAUUAUGUAUUUACAAUACUUAAUACCAUUUUUCCUACAUGAAGAUACAGAUAUCGAAAAAAUUAUUGAAUCGGCCAAAUUUUAUAUCGAUGAUCUAAUUGGCUCGAUUGAAGAGGUUAGAGGUGAAGUUACUUUGUGGAAACAAUUUUGGAAAUCCCAAUUAGAUAAACCUAAAACUGCUAUAGAAGCUUUGACUCAUGCAUCUGAAUUUUAUCCUAAUAUAAAGGAAUUGCUAAAAAUUAUUUGCGUUAUACCAGUUACCACUUGCACCGCAGAAAGAACAUUUUCCUCACUUCGACGAACAAAAACAUAUUUAAGAUCAACAAUAGGAGAGGAUAGAUUAAAUGGACUUAUGCUUCUUAAUAUUCAUAGGAAUAUUAAAAUUACUCCAGAGGAAGUUAUUGAAGAAUUCAGUAAAAAACACCCAAGAAAAUUACAGUUACAAUAUAUGUAA